AUGUCUAGAGACGGAACUUUUUCAUAUAUCCAUUUAGAUGAUCCCAAUAAAGUGCUCUAUAUUGAAAGGUGGAAGGAUGAGCCAAUAACCUACGAUGACAUAGAAACCAGUAACUUGGUAGAAGCUGCUGUAAAUGUAUAUCCCCAAUUGUUUGCCGAGGAAGAAGAAGAUGACGGGAUCCUAAAUUUCCCAUCUCAACAAUUUGGGUCAAAGCUUUAUAAAAAUAGACGAUCAAUAAAGCAAAAACGAUGGAUGGAUUUGAAUAUUGAAAGCUUUAAACUGGAUAACAAGAAUGUGGUGGAUAAAACUUUGGUUCCACCUGUGGCUGGUGAUCCCGAUUUGGCCGAAUUUCUAAGUAAUGGAUACAACAAGGAAGAGUUGCUGGUAUUACAAUUGUCGCCAGGAAACAAUACGGUUUUGCAUAAUAGUGAUAUGUCCUUGAACUCGACGUCAGACUAUGUUGGAAACUCAAACAAUACAUUUAUUAACAUGAGAUCAAAUUCUACUAGCCAUCAACAGCCCUCGCAACAACAACAGCAACAACAACAGCAACAGCUGCAAUUCCAAACACCUAGACCUGGAAGAGUGAGACAAGUUUCAACCGAUAAGUUUCAAACUCCUGUGAGUCGAAUCAUGAGAUGA